AUGUCCAACUCACUAGACGUUGAUGUUGACGUAGACUGGCUCUACAAAGGGAAGAAGAAGCAUAAGCUGCAGCGCAAGGAGCGGUCGUCAUCCGUGUCCAAUGGGUCGCUUAGCCACGUUAUGACCAAGGCGAACGGCGAGCCGGCAAAGUCCGGAGAGCAGGCGGUGGCGUCGGAGGCGUCGGCGGCUUCGACGGCAGCGGGCGCGUCGCUGGCGCCAAGCUCGUCGAAUGAGCCGCUAGCAGCGUCGUCAGGUAGGUCGGCGGCAACGGGCGCGUCCAAAUCCGCUUCCAGCGCGGCCGCCAAGCCGCCGGCCGCCGUGAGCGCUAAAGAGCUCAAACGGUCCGGUUCGCUGAACGAAAAGCCCAAGAAGUCGCUGCUGGGGUCGCUGUUCCGCAGAAAUAGCCAUGGUGCCACCGACAAGCCUGCCGACAAGCCUGGCGAGAAAGCCGGCGCGAGCGGGGCGGCCACGGCCGCGCCCACGCCCGUCCCCGUGGCCCCUCGAACCCGGCUGCGCUCCAGUUCCAGCGCGCAACAGCCCAUGGCCAUGGGCAUAACGCAGGUUCUCAAGGAGCCCUCGUCGCCCGAGGUCAAAGACACCGCGCCCAUCCACGAGGAGCGCAUCGUGCUCAACAAAAACCCACGCAAACAGGCGCUGCCCAUCGAGUCGUUGGCCAAGCUUUCGCUCAAGCGUGUGACGUUUGCAGUCGACCAAUUCGGCAUGGACCCUCCCCAGCAGAUUCCCAGCCGUAAGCCGCGCCGCGGAGACGUGCUGGUCCCCGACGACAUGAUAAGCCGCACGCCGUCGAUCUCGCUCGGGAUCACCAACACCCAGGGUAGCAUCGAGCAAGGCUCCUCGCAAUUCACACCAGAUUCCAAAGAAUACAAGUUUGCUCUCGAAAACCAUCGUCGCGCCCUGCGCGAGUCUGACAAACAUCAGCAGGAAGCGCACUACGCUGCGCAGCGCAUUGCGCACGAGGUCCAAAGCUUCCGUGCCAAGACUGGUGCUGCUGGUGCAGCUGCUGCCAACGCUUCCGGUGGUGCAAAUAACCCACCUGCAAGUGUCCCCAUGGCUGCAAGCACCUCCACCAACGAGCCUGAUGAAAAGGUCAAGAACCUUGAAAUCGACAAACCCAUUCACAUGCACGAGAACCACUUUGAACGCGACGGGGUUCCAACCGUCGACAAUGUCAAUGAAAAGCUAACGCUCGACAAAAUAUACACCCGGUGUUGCCAUUUGCGUGAAAUUCUGCCCAUACCAUCUACUUUGAAGCAAGUACGAGGCAAGUCUGCUCCUUUGCAAACUUUGAAAUUCCUCAAUCCGCGUCCCACACUUAUCGAUAUCCUAUCUUUUUGUGAUUUCAUCGCCAUUGUCCCCAUCCAUAAUGUUAUUUUCGACAAUGUGAGCCUCACUCCUGAAAUGUUCAAGAUCGUCAUUGCCUCAUUGGUCAACUCGCGUAUAGUUGAGAAAAUCGGUUUUAGAAACGUGGUCAUCGACGCAGAAGGUUGGAAACUCCUCUGUAAGUUCCUCAUGCGCAAUGAUUCCUUGCUUAAGAUCGACAUCUCUCAAACAAAGAUAAAGCCUGACUUGGAUGUAUCUUUGCAUCGUGCCAGUAUGGACUGGAACCUAUUCAUUGAUGUCCUACAACGGCGUCCCGGAAGACCACUUGAGGAAUUGCUCAUCAAUGGUAUCAAAUUCGAAAACUUUGAUGUCUUUGCCAACUUGCUGACCGCCUUUGCAAGUGCAAGCACCUCUACGCGUAAGCGUUUGGGUGUUGCUCAAUCCGAGCUUUCGGCAGAACACUUGAAGUUCUUGAUGACAUGGAUCAGUGAGUACAAGAUUCAAGGUGUGGAUAUGGCCUUUAAUGACCUUGGCGAUCUUGUCAAGCCAAUGGUGAGCAAGUUCUCUAGUAUGGAUUACUCCAAUUUACAGUACUUUACUCUGAACAACACAGGUAUCCAAACUGCCUACGAUGCAGCUCUUAUAUUGCGUGCACUUUCGAAACUCCCCCACCUAUACUUCCUUGAUCUAAGCAAUUUGCCCCAAAUAUUCCCAGAUGUGUUCCCAUAUUUGAACAAAUACCUUCCUCGUUUCCCGAUGCUUAAGAGAUUACACUUGGACAGUAAUGAAUUCUCUCCGCGAGAACUAGCUAUGGUUGCCACCAUACUCAUGAAGUGCAAGCAACUCCUUCACUUGUCGCUUCUCAACAUACCUAAAGAUGCUUUCACCACGGGAUCUUGUGCAGGUAUUUACGACUGUGUCACGCAAUCGGACAAAUUGACUAAUUUAGACAUUAAUUAUAACUAUAUGCCUGAGGAAAUAUCUUCUCGUGUUGCGCUCUGUCUUAUGCGCAGAAUGCAACGUGAUUUUGAAUUUGAUGAGAUGACUUCGCAGGACGAUUUGUUGUUUGAUGGUUCACUCUUGUCUGAAACAGCCGAAAAUGUUCUUGAGAGGCUAAACAACAUUGACGAUUUGGAAACUGAUACUACUAGACGUUACCUUUUCAAGAAAUAUUGGGAGAAAUUCAAUCGUGUGCAUGAUAAUGUCCAGAAAACCAUCGAUGAGAUGUUUGAAAAGAGAAGCACAGGGGAGCUCACUCUCCAAAGUAAAGAGAAUUUACUUCGCUUAUUGUUUUUGGAGAACAACUUGUCCAAGAUUUUGGAAAUUUUGAAAGCGCAUCCUCUAGUUGCGGGUGUUGUGGGGGUGGAUACUAGUUCACAACCGGCCAACUCUGAACAACUCCUUGUAGGAAAUAUUAGUGACGUCGACAACGCUACCCAAGUACGGCCCCAUUUAAUGGCAACUGAUUCGGGCAGAACUAUCGACGUUGCAACUGGUAAACCCGUCUUCUGUAAAUCCUCGUCGCACGUUUCUCUUGUAGGUAAGAGGCAAGAAGAAGAAGAAGGUGAAUUUCAUAAAUGGGGGUUUUUUGUUCAACAACAACGAUCAAUAUAUCCAGAACAUGAUUUUAGACACCCAAGUCAGGGAAGGGGCGGAUCAACAGGCAGCGAUCCCCUCCAUGUUGAUGUUAAGCUCCCUCCUCUUCGCACAAAACCUCCCAAUCCUAUCGUUCCCCCAUCACAGGCGUUUUCUAGUGAGUCUCAUGGACCUGUGAACGCUCAACAGACUUUACCACAAGCGGAUUCACCAUCUCAGGUGUCGAGCUCCGCGGCUUCUUCCCAACCUUCAGUGGCCAGCCCAACUUCACACACUCUCAUUCCAAAGAUUCCAUCUGGUGCAGAAUUAAGAGAUGCAGUCAUGCGUGCCAAAGGUAUAAACUCUAUCGAGGACCUAAUUUACAAUGUCAAUAGCAACCGUGUGACAUUGGAUAAAAUUUAUGGACUUCCAUUGCAUCCUAUGUCAUCAGCAUCUGAUGAGGCCACCAUCAGAUCAUCUCCGAAGGCUAUGGCAUUAAAAUCGAGCAUCAGUGUGUCGGACACCUCUUCCGACGAAGAAGAUGCGGAAAAAGUUGAUGAAACCUAUGAUAAGUUAUUAAAUAACUUGAGUAAGGUGAGGUCAAAUAAGUGA